GAGAUUCCGUGUAGUGAAUUGUGGUCCCAGUUGUACCUGGGGAGUAUAUUGGAAAUAUACAGUUCAGUAGAAUACCAGUGAUUGGAAACAGAAUAUCCAGAUUGUCUUAGCUACAGCUAUCUUGUGAGGACACAGCAGAGGCAAUAGCAAUAGAUUGUCUUGGCCAGCCGAAAUCACCAUUGGAAAAAUUUAUGGUCAGACUGUGCACAUACCACCAGAAGCACUUCGUCCGUGUCCUGAACGAUAUAUGCACUGAAGUACAGCCAGUCAGCGAGAGCCAGCAGUUACCUGGGCCUGAAAACAUGGAUGUGUCCAUGUGUAGUUCAGGCUGCAGCCAGUAUCGCACUGAGAGCCAGGAGACUGGGACUUCUUGCUCUGAAUCAAAGCUCCCUUCUUCCCUGGACCCAGAACAAUCAGGGCCUCAUGGCUCUCUGCGCAUACUAUGCCAUGCCCUGAAGCAGGCUGUGGAUCUGAAGUCUACAGACAGAAGAGAAAACUGCAGCCCUGUUGUCCGAAGAGAAUUCCCUGAGCUUCCUAGCAUUAGAACAAGUUCUUCAAAUCCCAGGGAUAGUCCCACUCAAGGAUACCUCACUGCCUCCAACUCCCAUUACUCUGCUAAAAGCCUGGAAGGGCAAACCCCUGGGACUGAGCAAGAGAUGGGGGUCAGGAAGGCUGAGGAUGACAAAGAUCAGGUGCAAAGUAGAGCUUUGCUAGGAGGUUAUAUUGCUGUGAAAGCAUCAAAUGUCAAUACUAGUGAGGAUAGUCUGGAGGGGCGCUUGGGCACUCAGAAGAACCCUUUCAAAGCUUUCCCAGAGGAGACCCGAGAGCCAGGUUUCUCAGUGAGCUCCCCUCGGAGAGCAGACAAAGAGAACUCUUUGCACCAGGAUACCGAAAUGAAUGACCAAGAAGUGAGACCGAAGGCAGACAACCACCUCCAGGCUUCAGGAAAGAGCAAGGGGAGCUACCACAUGCAUCCUGUUGACAAGGCUCAUCUGGAGAAUGCCAAAGACAGUUGGCUGCCUGCUAGCCCCAUGCCAGUUGUACAUCACAAAACCACCAAUGGACACUCCAGGGCUAAGAGCAUUUCCACCUCUGGCAAAAGCACACGUAAGAGCAAAAGGUCUUCGGGGCUAAGAAUAAAUGACUAUGACAACCAAUGUGAUGUUGUUUAUAUCAGCCAACCAAUUACGGAGUGCCACUUUGAGAGCAAGAGGGCAUUGUCAUCCAAGAAAACAGCAAGGAAGAGUACACGUGGGUACUACUACAAUGGCGAGUGUUGUGAGCUCCCCACAGUUCGCACCUUGGCCAAGACUUGCCAUGUACAGGAGAGUGGGAGCACCCUGGCACCAAGGCCGCCUGAGGUCCCAGCAAGCCCUAGUCAAGGGGCAACUCUUCCGUGUAACAGCUGCUUGGCAGCAGCUCCAGCUGUGAGUGGGGAUAGUGACAAAACAUCUUCCCUUGUGGCCCUCUCUCAAGUAGAUCCCUCCAACACAAACACUCAGGAGACCGCUGAGGCAUGUCCAGCUGAGAGCAGUCCUCCUGAGGCCGUUUUCUUGAAAGAGAAAGAAACAAGUGCUGCUGAAGCACCCACAGCGGCUCCCUACCCCCUUCCCUGCCCUGCCUUGAAUGUGGAGGAAGGCAGUUUGUCUGUUUCUUCCCUCCAGACCGCUGUGGUCUCUCCCCCACAGCUGAGUGAAGAAGAGCUUCAGGGCAAAACUGAAACGGACAGUGCACCACAGGCGGGUAGCAGCAUGGACUCUUGUAAGAGUAGCGAACUUAAUGAAGCCCGUGACAGUACAGUGGAUCCUGUAGUGGUGUCAGUCCCACAAGCUGUUAAUGAUGAAAAGGGCUCUGUGUUCUUGGAGAAAGAGACUACUCCAGAGCCUUCCGUUUUUAUAGACCAGGAGCCUCCUGGCACCAUGGACCUGCUGCCGUCUGAAGGGCCUUCAGCCAGCAUGGACUUGCUGCCUCCACUGGAGGAGACUGCUGCUGGUGUAGACUUGCCACUGUCUGUGGAACCCCCUGCUGAUGCGGAUCCCCCACCACUUUCCCCUAUAGAUUUGGCAGAGCCCCAAGCACAGCCUCCUCCCUGUGACAGUCCAGACUCUUCCGUGGCCCUCCCUGCAGAGCUCCCCUCUAACCUGGUCUCUGUGUGUCCUGUGGAGCUUGUUGCCACCUCAAGGGCAGCCUCCCCUGUGGUCCGUCCUGCCAGUGUGAUGCCCGAGCCUCCUGCCCAUAUUGACCUAGAGCCCUCAGAGGCUCCAUCUAUAGAAUCUCUAGUGACGGUCCCUGACAAGCUGGAUCUGGAGCUUCCCCAGCCUCUUUCCAAUUCGGACAUUUCCGAAUUCCCCGAUAGUUUGCAAUGUGACUGUGCAAAUGAAAGCAUUAAUACCGAACCUAGUCCUGAGGGGACUCAGGGCAGGGAGGAAAACCAGCCUGAGAUAAGUUAUACUGUGUUGCCUAUUGCAGAUAUUUAUGAAAAUGGGGAAGGAGAAAGUGUAAAUGAUAGUGGCCAAAUGACUGAGGGAGGGGACAUUGAUAGCAAAGCCCCAGCAGUGCCCAACAUGUCAGAAACAGGAAGUGAGGUGGCAGCUUCUUCCAAAGUACAGUCAGACAAAAAGCGAAAGAGGGAGAAAAAGCUUCAAGUUGCAUCUGAUCGCUGUCUUCGAAGCCAGCAAACCAUGUUCCCCACAGAAGACAGUCCUGAGCAGUCUGGCUCUUCCACUUCUCUGCAGCUUCCUCAACUUCAGAUCAAACUUUCUAAAAGUCCUGGUACUAAGCGCUUUAAGAGGGAAGUGCAUUAUGAUAGGGCAGCAUCUGUGCAUGUUGCAAGUGACUCUUUCCACAAAACACUGUUAAACAACAUUGGAGAAACUCUUGAGGGAGAGCCUAAGCAGCAGCCAGAUGAAGGAAAUGACAUCACAAUGAAGCAGACCUGUAAAACCUUGUUGGCAAAGGAGACUGCAGUAAAGGAAGGCCAGAAUGGAGGAGUCAAUAAGAGUAAGCCGGGGACAAUGCUUGAAAUCUGUUUAGAGACUAAUUCUGAAAAGAGAAGUGUUCAUGUUCCGGUAGGAACCUCUGAUGAGGGUGAAAAGCAGACAGAUUCGAAUCCAGAAGCUCCAGAGAACUCUGACAGCACUGUGGAUGUUACAGAAGAGUUGCACACCCAGCAAGGGACUAGUUCUCCACCUUGUGCUGGUAGCAUGAAUGCAAGCAAGCAACCACCACCACCUGAACAGGCUGUAAAAUACAAGAAGCCAGCCCUCCAGUUCUACAACUUGAGGCACACUCCUGCCCAGACCCCUGUGACUGUUGUCCCAAAAAAUAGUUCAGGGAAUGAAAUUAUUAAAGGAGACCCGAAUGUUACAGAACAACAAAAUGCAGAGAAUGAAGACCCCAUUGGCUUCAGCAGCAUGGAGUUGUUGUCUGAUAACAAGCCCAAAUUUGUGGAAUGGUGCGCUGAGGAAGAGAAUCAAGAACUCAUCACUAACUUUAAUACUCAGUACAUGAAGGUUCAGAAAGGGUGGAUUCAGCUGGAGAAGGAGACCCAGCCAGCUCCAAAGGUCAAAAAUAAGUCUGACAAGCUGAAAGAGAUCUGGAAAAGCAAGAAGAGGACUCGGAAGUUAAAAGGGUCCACUGAAGUCCAGAAGCUCUCCCCUGUUCAGAUGCUGUUCAUGAAGCCAUUUGACAUAUCCAGUAUCUGCAACUGGUUUAUGGAGACCACUGAAACCAAGUCUCUGGUCAUUGUGAAGAAGCUGAACACGCGUCUUCCGGGAGACAUCCCUCUCAUCAAGCUCCCACUCCAGAAGGGCUGCUCUUCUGGCAUCUAUCCCAGCUCACUCCAAGCUGAACGUCUGAAGAAGCACCUGAAGAAGUUUGCUGCUAUGACCCCAGCAAAAAACACCAUAAAGACCCAAAGGCUGUGGGCUAGGCUUCGAGAGAGCCCUGAGGAAAUGGAGCCAGAAGAAGCCCCCAGCCCAAAGCGGACACCCCCCUCUGAAGUAAGUGUGGAACAUGGUAUUGAAGCCAAGAAAGCCCAAGCCCCGCCUAGUGCCCCAGUGCAGACCAGCUCACGGAUCCUGAGGAAGUACUCUAACUUGCGAGGCAAACUUCAUGGCCAGCACAGAGUGGUCAAGCAGGAGAAGAGUGACUGUGUGACAAAGCAUCCUGCAGCUGAGACCAAGCCAAGCAGCAAGAGCAUGUGCAUUAAGCCACUGAUGUCUCCCAAGCUAGCCCAGCAGGUCAAAACUGCCUCACUUCCUACUAAAUCCACUCCAGCUGAAAAGGGAGGAAAGGGGAAGAAGGGGAAAGCCCGGGUGCAGGAGGAAACCUCAUCUAAAGGCAAUCCUCAGUCAAGCAAAAAGAAGACACCGAACGAGAGCAGCAGGGCCCAGGGGCAGGCGAACACGGUGAGCAAAGACCGAGCCCCUCUUAAGAAAGCCAGUAAAUUGAAGCACGCUGAAGCUCCUGCUCCCAGGAAGCCGGUGGCUGUCGAGAGAAGCAAUAAGCAGGCAUCUCUGAAAGAGAAAGCAAAAAAGUCUACUGACUCCCGACUUGGGAAGAGGAAGCCCCCCACACCGAAGGGGAAAGUGAAAACCAGACCCAAGGCCACCCUGCCUUCCAGGCAAGGAGCGGGUCUUGCCAGACCUCCCAAACAGAAAGUGGUACGAGACUCUUCCAAUAAGUCUCCUAAAGUGACUGCUAAAAAGGCAAGUAGUGGGAAAGCUCUGACUAGAUCAAUGAAGCGAAUUCAGGAGAACAAAGCCCAGAGCAAAAGAAAGCUGAGGGCAAAAAAGGACUCUUCACCCAGCAAGCGCAGUAGGCUGGAUUCAAAGUAGCAGCUUUGGGUUGGAUAGGGGAAGUAGGGGGUAGAGAUCCUUCCUCCAUGCAUUAAGUAGGCCCACUUCUGAGCAUCCGCGGGAGGGGAGAAGGAAAUUGUCUAGCUAAAGGCCAACCAACUCCCCCUGGUUUUUAGGAGCCCUUAGCUCUGCUGCAGCAGGAGAGGAGCACCCUUUCUUCUCUGCUGCUGAGAAUGGAAGUUACUGCUUUGGAAAACUCCUAGACCUGAACUGGGAGCUUGGCAGUUUUAGCUCAAAGUACAGUGCCUUAUUUAUCAUUUUAGGAAAUGAAUAAAUUAGUCUGUGUGAUUUUAAAGGCUGGCAGUUUAUAGUUAAUGCACAAGCACUUGUACUGUAAUGGAAAGAGAACCACCUUUCAUGCACAUCCCAUAGAUCUUGGUGCCCGUCUACCAAGGCUCACACAGGAGCAUUUUCUUCCUUGCUUGCACUGUAGCAUCCUGGCAUUCGUUCAUUUGAGAGAGGCGUUACAAAGCCAAAAUCCAAAGCAUUUUCCUUAUUUAAUGCUGUUCAUUAUUAGCAGGUCAAUAUGGUGUCCUUUGUGAAUUAUUGACCACCUUGUAUAUCACUGAGAUAUGGCUAAUUUUCUAGCUUGGCUUUUCUGUCAAAAAGGUGUUCCUGCAACUUUUUCAGUGAUUGGCAGCUGUGCUUGGUCAGCUUCAUCAAUCCAAGAAAUGAGCUGGCCCUGUUGCUUGGAGAACAACGCCUUCCCUAUUAGCAUGUCUGUAUUGCAUGCCUCUUCUGACAUUGCUCUUUACAGAUUUGAAUCUGAAGAAUACGUCUUAAGAUGCAAUCUGUAUGCAUUUCAGAAUGGUUAUAUUCCUGACUAUUUGGCUGCUGAGACACACGUUUGGAUUACCCUGGAAGAUGGUUGGCCCAAAGGCAUGUGUCAGCAGAGAAAAAUAUAGGGGCAUAUAACCAUUCUAAACAGAAGUUGGCACGUAUCUUAAGAUGUGGGACUAUAAAAAGUAAUGUUGAGAGCUACUCAUAGUCGGGGUUCCUUUUAUGCAGCAGCCUUCCAUUUCUUUAUGUGGUUGCUGCAAGUCUCCUUUCCUUAGUUUUCUAUUAUCCAGAUGACUCAAGGUUUUUCUAAAGAUCAAGAGAAAAAUUUUUGCAGUGCUACUUGCAAAACAAAUUAGCAACUGGUAAUAUCUGAUGCUUUCACAAAUUUUAUUUGUUUGCAUCUUACAGUGAAACAAUCUUACAUCUCUGCCUUGAUGUAAGAGGUUUUAUGGCCUGAAAGCUUGUUUGUGUUUCAUGCAAUUUGUAUAGCCUCACCUUCCAGGUUUAAUCAGCGAACUUUGUAAAGGUCAAGAAGGCACCUCCAGUCAAACAAGAUAUUCCAGUGAAUGCCUAUUAGAAAUGCAAAUAGUCCCCUUCCCAGUGCAAACAUUUGUUCUAGAUCCCGCAAAAAGGAAGCAGGAUUUUCUCAGCGGAAGCUUCCUGUCCCGCACACUCUGUGCUACCCAUCUGUUGAAUGACAGUGGCUGCUUCCAUUCUGGGUUUGGAAUGAAGAGGCAAGGCCCAGCCGUUGGUUUAUUUCUGUAGUUUCUCUUUGAGUCACAACAAAGGCAGAGCUAUUUGCUUAGAAACUUGUGCAAACUUCCUCUCAUUUGCUGUGCUAGCACCCAAGAGCUUCCUGUGAAGGCCUCCAAAUUGCUUGACCUUUCAGAAUAGCUUUCCAUGGAUACCAUCUGAGAUCUACAGACUCAAACAGAUCUUUACACAUUAUUAUAUUAACUGGUUUGAGCCAGUCUUUCCAGUUGGUGAGGGAUUUAUUGAAUAAAAGGAAAGGCAAAUUCUUCAGGGAGCACGAAGAAGGCUGAGGUGUGAGAAAACUGAUGGGGGAAGGGUGCAUUAGUAUUGGCACACCUAUACCAAAGCUCAUUACUGCAUGCAGAAAAUGAAUAACUAGCUAUGUAAUUUUUUUCACUGACCACAGAGGUUGGAAUUUGGCUUCUAAAAAUGCAAAGCCCUUCUGCUUGCCUGCUUAUGGUCUGUAGAUUGGGAGGAUGCACUAAAGCUAUGAGACACAUCAGGGUGGACUCUUCUUUUUUUAAAAAAUGAAAUACUUUUAAAUCCUUGAUUUUUAACACAUCUUUUGAUUUGAAUCAUGCUGUAUAGAAUUAAUUGUUGUAAGCAUUAAGUCAGGCCUAGCAUUCUCUGUAAAGGUUAAUAUGAAUUUGUCUGCUAUUUUAACUGUGCAUAUCAAAUGUGCUAGACAUUCCACCAGGAGUAUUAAAAACAUAUUUAAGGAAGUGUGUGAGCAUGUCUGUGUGAGUGAGAGGGAGGGGCAAGCAUGUCGCCUCUCCUUUUUCUACCUGUAUAUGUCUUCAUCCACAGAGAGGGGUAAAUCUUCCUGUUCCCUCUUCCCAGGGCUGCUUUCCAACACAGUGCUGGCUGGGUGGGGAACCUUGUUUAUCCUUGGCAGGCUGCAAUUCAGAGGCAGACACCUGCUAAUAAAACCAUUCCACAACUCUCUGCUGUCCGAUUCCUUGUGUAGUCUGGAGUCUAAUAACAGAAUCCCUUUGUAAGUGCUGCAGAGCACUGCCCUGGUUCUUCAUCACCUCCUGCUCUCUAAAGACAAGGCUGCCUGAAUAUGAGGGGUUAACAUUCUUGUGCGUCUUGCAAAGUGUUGCCUGGGUCUUGGCCCAGCUCCUGUCUUACUGCUCUGUGGAGAAGGGAAUAUGUCCCUCCCUUCAAAUGCCAGUGGCCCCUGGCCUCACCUUUAAUCCUUUGCAGGGCAAGUUGUAGGGAAUGGAGUAGUGUAGCUUAGGGAGAGGCGAGAUGCUCAUGUAGCUCAAAGCUGUCUUUAGUGGGGUUUUUUUUUUAAAGCCACAGUUUUGUUUUUGCUUUGUUAAAGUCACUUAACAGUAGAGACAGCUUAGUAGGGCUUCAAGUUAAAGCAAAGGAGCACUCAGUUACUGACACAUCAGGCAGAGAUGCUGUCCACACAUCAGGAGGAGACUGUCCCCUCUCCUUCUUGAUGCUUUGCAGCCCACCUCCUUCUCCGUUUGUGACAGUGAGCUCUUAACUCUCAGUCCUUUCAGCAGAAAUGACUGGUCUUUCCAGCUGUGUUGCUGGAUGGGGCUCUUCUUGGGAACAUUAAGGCCAUAAUCCUGUGCCCUGUGUCUCAUCAAGCCACUUCUCAGGCAUUUCCUUUGGAGUCUUGUCUUAUCUAUCCCGUCAGAGGAAAUAGCUGCUCUUACAGAAUUAACAGCAUCACAGUAAGUGCCUGGUGAUGCUAUAGACUACUUUAGGCCCUCGGGUUUGGCUGACGUUGGAGUCUUGCUAGGUGGGUCACUAAUCUGAGCUGGAACAGCUCUCUAACAAGAGCACGAUGAAGUGUCUUGGGAGAGGGAGCAUCUUCUUGUUACUGUAAUGUCCUUAGUAGGGGGGUAAGAAGCAGGCCUGUUUUCUGCCCCUCCAGUUAUGGCUAUAUUUUCUGCCCCACACAUUACUAAGGAGAUGCAUUUCCUAAACGACUUGGACCCCAUUUCCAGGCCCAUAGGUAUAGCCAAAUAAUUUUUAAUUUGUUUUUUCUAGGUCACAGGGUUGGUUUUUUUGAAAAGUUACAGUGGAGAUAGGACUUCAGAUUGAAGCAGAGCUGAUUUAGCAGGGGCCUUCUGACCUCCAUUCCAUUCGGACUGUCCUGGAAUUGCCUUGGUUGAAAAAUACUACAUUUUGUGUCACUUUCCUUCCAUCAUGCACAGUGCAUUAUGAUCCCAGCCUUUCUGAAGGACAACUUCUUCUUUAAUAGUAGAACCUUGGCCCUCCUUUUGCCCCACCCCCAAUUGCUCUUCUCCACAUCUCAUACAUACACUCACUUAUGGGGCUUUUUCAAGCUUUGCUUCCUGUGGGAUAAUUAUCCCUAUCCUGCCCAUUUUUUCAUGACUCUCUAUAUCUCCUUUCUCUAAUUCUGACCAUUUGCUCUUCCUGUCUCUGAGAUAAACUCAGCAUUCAUCCCAGUAAGAUGAUAUACAUUUGCCAUGGUUCUACCCUCUUCUGUAGCUCAGUUCUUGUUCGAGCUCUUGAUGCACUUCUUUUCCUAUGGUUAGGCAUAUAAACUGCCUUUGGUAAUUUCUGAUGAAGAAAAUGAUCUAUCUUACUCUGUGUUUUGGGGAAAGCAAUGCUCCUGUACAGAAUAUCAUGGAUUGAUGCCCAUUUCCACAAAUGUAGAUAAGCAUCCAGAACAUCAUAGUUGCUGAGUGACUGAUACUGCUGCAAGAAAGCUAUUUAUGGAUAAUUUUUCUCUGAAAACACACACUCUCAGUGUAUAUGUGCAGUGAUGACUUGCUUUGUUGGAAGGUGUUACUUCUCUUUUCAAGGAUCUCUUUCUGAGGUGUUUGUUUUUCAGUCACACAAAAUGGUUACCAGGGCUUAUCACUGAUUUGUAUUUGAGAUUAUUAUGAGCUGAGAACUCCUGACCAAACUUUCCUGUUCAUCUUCUACCUUGGAAAAAGAUAUUCUCCUCACUGGGGUAAUUUUCCUUGUGUCUUUGGCCUCUUGUGAUAAGGGGAAACUCCAUUUCAAAGAAGGUGGCCACUGCCUUGUUGCUCUUUUCAUUUCAGAAAUGGAGAUCUAUAACUGAACUUCAGUUCGCAUGACAUCUAAAGUACAGAUCUUGUAAUUGCCUAACUGGUUAAAAGUAAAUCUUUGACAUUUUGACCUACAAAAUACAGUUCAGUAUUGCCAAAGGACUCUGCUCCUAAUCACUAGGAAGCACUGCAGAGUAACUGGACAUUAAGUCGUGUGAAAGGAAAAUCAAAAUACAGUCAUCCCUUGCGAACAUGCAAGGGAAACCUUGUGGUAAGAAAAACUAAGAGUCUAUGGUAAUCAAGGGGUUAGGGAAACUGUGGUAGGGAAUGAACUUUAGGAAAAGGAAAGGAAAGAGAGAGAAAAUUUAAAAACACUAAAAUCACUAAAAAUCAAAAUGAAGAGUUUUCCCUACCUGACUGCCAUCCAGAUGGUCAGGAUGAUGGGUAGGAGGGAUGGGGUGGGGUGGGGUGAAGAAUCAAGGGGAAGAGAGCUGGGGAUCAAGGGGACAUGGGAAAUGGGAAAGAGAGACCACCUGCACACUCUUCCUCAUCUGAUAUGUCCAUAGCUGUAGGUGGUUGAAAGCCACUCCCUGAAGUGCCAGUCUCCUUUCUGUGCACUCUCUUAAAGCUCAGCAGGGUAGGCUGUGCAGUCUUCUUACUCGGGUCUUUUUGGACCUCUGUGUAGGGAGUGAAUCAGUUCAUUCAGUCUUCACCUGAAUGUCAGGCUGCACUCCAUGAAGGGAUCCAUGUCUAGUGCCUUGUCUGCCAGCUCUUAGGCAUGCUUGAGAAAGCUAUUCAGCUUGUCCAGGGUCAACUCCACUGUAGCCAUGCAGUCUUCCUCUUCUUUCUCACCUUCUUCCCAAUCACUGGAUGAUUUGAUCAGGUCCUUCAGGACUUGUUCUGUAAGCUCUUCAGAGUGUGACUCCAGGAACUCAGCAACAUCAGUUGGCUGGAUGCCUUCAAAUCCCUCGCCACCAAGUUGCCUGGCUGAAGUCACAAUCCUCCCAACUUCUUCCUCCACAUCAGGCACAGCACUGGAAUCCUUCAUGGCCUCCUCUGAUAGCUUCCUCCAGCGGGCAUUUGGGAGAAAUGUCUUGAUCGCAUCCAUCACCUCUUUGAUGAUAGUCAAAGCAUGGGCGAUGUUGUAUCCCUUCAUGCUUCCUUCAGGGUCAGGUCCGCUCUCCAUCGUGCUGGCAAUGUGCUCGAGUUGCACCUGAUAUAGUAACUCUUGAAGGCCUGGAUGAUGCCUUGGUCCAAAGGCGGGAUGAGCGAUGUGGUGUUUCGAGGUAGGAAAAGCACUUCCACAUUGGGGUGGGCAAGCAGCAGGUCCUGAGGCUGCCCAGAAGUGUUGUCCAGCAGCAGCACCUUGGAAAAAGCCAGGUUCUUCUCCCUCAGAUAGCGCUCUACCUUGUGGAUGGAACAGUCAUUGAACCACAACAUGAAGAGAGUGUGUGUUACCCAGGCCUUCGUGUUUGCCCUCCAGAACCGAGGUGGUUCUUGUUCUUGCCUUUCAGUGUCUGUGGAUUCAAGAACCUGUAGAAGAGCGUGGGCUUCACCAUCAGGCCACAUGAAGCGUUGGAGCAGAAGAGAAGGGUCAGCCUGUCCUUGGCAGCCUUGAAUCCUGGAGCCCUUCUCCUUGGCAAUGAAGGGUGCAGUUGGGCAUUCUCUUCCAAAAGUGUCCAGUCUCAUUGGAGUUGAAGACCUGGUUAGGCACAUAGUCCUUUUCCUGGAUCAGUUUCUUCAGCUCUGCAGGAAAAGUGGCGGCAGCCUCCUGGUCCGCUGAUGCAAUUUCCCCAACCAAUUUCAUGUUGUGGAGGCUGAAACAUUUCUUGAAGUUCUCAAACCAGCCCUUGCUUGCUUGGAACUUCUCUGGGUCUCCUCUCCGGAGCACACUAUCAGAUGUUUGUCGAUCUUCCUUGCCUUGAUGCAGAUCAUGCAGGUGCUGAGAGGAACUUUUUUCUGGGUCUGGUCCUCCAUCCAAAUGUUCAGGGCCUUCUCCGUCUUUUCAGUGUUAGGGUCUUGUGGCAUGUAGGACACUUAGAGAGUUCUGGGUCCCACUGGCUAUGCUGCCUCUGAUGGCGGACUCAUUUUUCUUGAUGGUGCUGAUUGUGGAUUCGUUGACCUCGAACCAUUUUCCAACCACGCUGUUGAUUUGGCCUUCCCUCAGGCAGUCCAGGACUUUGGUCUUGUCCUCCAGGGACAUUGCAUGACUUGGCCACAGCACCUCCCUCCCCCUUUCUGGCAUGCUUUGGAACCAUGUUGUUAACUCUCUGUCCUGCUCUCCCUCCCCCUCUCUCUCUCCUCUGCUUCUCUCUCUCUCUCUCUCUCUCUCUCUCUCUCACGUGGCUGGUCACAGGUCUCGCAAGUCUCACAACCUAGCUCACAAGGGAAAUGACAUAUACUUGGGUAGGUGUGCCACCCACAAAAUCCCAUUCAUGUAUAUACAAAACUACAGUUGGAGAGGGAUGACUGUAAUAUCCAAAAGGGAUUUCAUUCAAUCAAUGGCUUUCUUUUAAAAUUUCACUAUGUAUAGAACUCUCUUGUCUUCUCACCCUCACCUUCCACAUGCCCAGCAAGCAGAAACAAAGAUGCAAAUAGGGAUCUGUGAUCAAGUCAGCCAAUGGAGUACCAAUCAGUGCCUCCUUUGUUUUUCAUCCCAUCUCUAUCCUUGCCUGGUAUUCAUGCUUUCCUUAUCACUCUCCCCAACACUAGCUCUGCCCAGGAGCAUAGGGAGGCUGGUGGCGGCCCAUGUAUGGCCGCUGCCGUGGCCCCCUGGUCCCGCCCCGUGUCUGACAUCAGACACAGGGGCCCAGCUGGCAAUGCCUCCAAGUCUGACGUCAGACAUGAGGGACAUGGUCUCCCUCCCAAAUGGGGCUGCGUGGGCCGGAGCAACUUACAUGUGUUCGCGUGGGCCGGAGCGACUCUCCCUGCCUUAAAGUCAGGGAGAGCCGUUCUGGCUGUGCUGCCAAUGCAGUGUGGACCGAUCUCUCUCCUAAAUGGGGCCGUGCGGCCCCAUUUGGGAGGGACAUCGGUUGGCCCUGCUGUGUUGGCAGCAAGACCAGGAGCGGCUCUCUCUGUCUUUAAGGCAGGGAAAGUCACUUUGGCUGUGCUGCCAAUGCAGCGCGGGCCAAUUUCAGCUCCAAACAGGGCCGUGCAGCCCCGCUUAGGACUGGAAUAACGCCCCUGUGUCUGAUGUCAGAUGCAAGGGUGUGUCUGGGGCCGCACUCGUGGCCCCUGAUUGGUGGUGGUUCGGGGUUCUUUGAACCCAUUCACCCAAUGGUGGCUCCAACCCUGGCUGUACCCCACUGUCUUUUGUGGGAUCAAGAGUGUUGUCAGGCUGAGGGCUUUGGGCUCCUAACCCAGAAGAUCCUAUAUAUUAACACAGCUUGUUUAUUGGGGAGCUCCUUGUCAGACUUCUUCGAACCACUUCAGGUAUGCCAUUUUCUAAUCUCCAUGCAGUGUUUUUCUGUCACAAAUAAUCAUGGCAAAACAGAUACUUGCAUGUUCUCCCGCAUGUAAUGGAGUACAUGACCCUAAGCUUUCUUAUUGUUUUCCUGCUGCCAAUUAGUUUCUCUCGCUUUUCCAUUUAGCUAAGUGCCCCAUCUAUUCAAAGCUGAUCUCAGGAUACCUGUUUUGCAUUGAGAGGGAGCUCCAUCCUCCUCUUAAAACCCAUCCCUUUUGAACUGUUUCCCUGAGAAUUGUUUCUUACAGAAUAGUGAAAAUGAGUGGAAUCUGAAUGAGUUUUGUUACCUGUGUGUGAUCUUUUAGUAAAGUGGGUCUUUGUACACUGUAAUGCUAUUAAGAGUUUUCUAAGGAUCUGUUUUUUGUGUGUUACUGUCAAAUACAAUGUGAAUAUAUAUACAUAUAUGUAUAUGUGUGUAUAAAUAUAUAUAUUAAUAGUAGGUGCUGUGCAACAUAGCAUCCAGCUAGCGGUUGAAAUGCUUUCCUAGGUGCAGGGUAAAUGCUGCCUUGUCGCCUUUGGCAGUCACAAAAACAGUAGAAGAAUAAUGUAAAUAGUUUUAAAAUAUUUAUUUCCUGUACUUUGUGCUAACAAGUCUCGGGAGUGCUGUUGGUCUGCAAUAUAGUAGUUUAGGGGAAGUUUCUUACUGCAGAUAUCAUUGGACACAGGGAAAAGGACCAGGCAUCUGGUCUAGAAUUUAUGCUGCAGAGUCAAAGAUCUAGUUCUCAUUGAGGUAUAAACUGGACUGUACAUUUCAGUCUCUGAUCACUGAAUACUCCUCCACACAAAAAUAAAUCCCUCCACGUGGAAAACAUGCAUCUGAUGAAGUGGACUGGAUACAGAAAACUAAAGGCCAAGAAAAAGCUUGGCCUAGCCUUCUUGUUAUGCUAGUUUGUUUGUUUAUUGUGCAGGGAAUUUUCUUGUAGGGAGGAGUAUAUCGAGGAGGUUUACCACCUCACUGAGGAGUAGGCCCAAGUCAAGUCAAAGCAUUAUAUGGUUUUUCUUCAGUCUCGUUUUCUGUGGAAGCGAGUUGUAGCUCCCAGCUGUCAAGCACAGUUCUGGGUAGACUGCCUAGUCAAUAUGCACCUUUGGGCACAGCAUAUGUGAGCAAUAAGAAUCUUAGUAAUAAUGUUUUCAACAAUAAAAUAGUCUCUAAGUCCUGGUGGGGAUGUUUGUAUGUGCAUGUGUACAUGUCUCACUAAAGCCUACCUUUCUUUAGUGGCCUUGCCACACACAGGAGAGAGAGCUUAUUUUUCAGGAUCUCUGCAUGUUUAUGCACCAAUGCAGGGAAUACAAAGGUUAUAGGUCCAGCCUAGAGUAAGUGUGUCCAUUGGGUAGGUGGACUCAGGGAUACUGAAUAAGGGGGAGUCCUUACUGGUAAUGUAUGGGGGAAUGCCAGUGUCACAUAUGGGGGAAAUCAUGACGCCUUCUAAUCACUGCUGUUUACUGCUUACGCUUGUUGUCACCUCAACACCUCUUGUGUUGUGCUGGAGGAUUUCUGUGGCUAUCAUGUUUGGAAGAUUAAACAAAUCCUUCAUCACUUCCAUCCCAAGUUCACAGAGCUGCUGUGCAGAGUUUUGUCCCACUUUUCUUUUUUACUUGCGUUCUAUAUCUUUCUCUGUGUGUCUGAAUUUCUUUUUGUUGUUGUUCUUUUGGGUCUUGAAGUAUUUAUCUGUUCCUCACACCAUCUCUCCAACACUCCCUAUGAGGUGUUACACCAUUUAAGGGUGUAAUUCUCCUUCAUCUGUGAUGUCCUCAUGGCUUUUGAUUUUGUUGAAGGUAGGGUUGUGUGAAUGUUGUUAAGUAAGUGCUUGUUUCUUGAUGUUGUCUGUCUUGGCCUUCCAGAUCCCUACCCCAGCACCUCAUAGGUGUUUUUGAAAAGCCAAUUAUUUCCCCUCUAAAUGCACAGUUUCAUAAUGUGACUUCUUUCUAAUCAUGCUUGCUCUUCCUGCACCCUCCUCCUACCACCUAGAAAGGUCAUUCCUACCUACAUCUAAGCCUCCAGGUCUCAGAUGAAAUUGUAGAAGGUGAAAGGUGGGGUGAUGGGGAAACAGAAGGCUUGUACUCUUCUGCAGCCUUUUCCAAGGGCUUCCCUAAAGUCUUGGAUACCCUCCUGCCCAGCCAAAUAAACUUCCAAUUGUGUCUUGUAUUCAAGCCUAAAGUUGUGUCUGGCAGUUCCCAAGGUCCCCUGCAUUGAUUUAUAUCCAUUUUAUUCCUCACUCAUUGUCUGUCACAGGUAUUUUAGAAAACCUAGUUUGCCCAGUCCGAAGAACCAAGUGUUGGGGGUUCCAUUUCCUCCUUCCCUCCCUAUCUCCCUCUCACCAGUCUGGUACUGUGUAUGUCACGCAAACCCAGUGUGUAAUCAUGAGCUUUGGAGGAUUUCAGUUGGAAUGUUUUAUCUUUUCAUCAGGGCACUGGUGAUUUUAGAAAAGAAAGUGUCUGCUGUGAAUUGUUGGUAAAAUUUGUCAUUAGAUAAUAUGUUUAUAUACCUCACCUGAAGAACGUUUGAAUAUGUAUAUAAAAAUAUAGGUUAUAUUCAGUUGCUUUCCAACCACACAGUGUACCUAAAACAGUUAGGGCUAUUUUACCAUGGAAAUUGUGUAAAAUCUCUGUGAUAACAUUUGUGACAGUUUCAUGCAUUUUCCCUUUUAUUUCCUUAAGUAACCAGUGGACGGUGAUGGGUUCUUCUUACUGAUCAUGGGGCCCCAAGUGUGAUUUAGACGUCUUUCCCCCCCCCUUUCCCCUCUUUUGAUGCUUCUUCCUCCUCCCUUUAUACAUUAUGUAACGUGUGUGCUCUAAGGGUUCUUAUUUUAUUGCAGCUUAUUAAACAUUUCUUUUAUAUCA